GUUUUUUUUUUUUACCUUGCGCAUAAAAUCUAGCAAAGUUUUAGCCACAUCUUAGUUAAUUCUUCUAUAAAAAUACAUUGUUGAAAUUGCUGCCGUGGGACGUGGAGAAAAAAAACCUUUCAAUUACCAUUUUGGUCUGCACUGCGUACUGGAAUGGGAGUGGAACGUCUGCUGGAUGCGUAACUUGUAACUUUUAAAAAAUACCAUUACUUGAGAAUAAGUUUUGUUGAUGACAUGUUUUGCAAGGGUUAAAAAAAAACAAAAACAGAAUUUUUCUUCUUGGCAAUCUUAAAAGACGCUCGACUCUGCGGGUGUUGAAUUCCUGCAAGAUGGACCAAAUGGAAACUUCAAAUGGGUGCUGGCAACAGAUGUCACAUUGUAAUGUGAACUAGUGCGACUAAAUUGUGUUUUGAUGUAACAAGGAUUGAAGGAGCGUGUUUGCUCGCUAAAUGUAGCUAACGCGAGCUGCAAAUGAGUUAGUUACCUUCGUCGAUCUCCACCGGAGGAAGCUCGUCUGGCUGUCCCAAAGGGAGUUCGCUAUCUGACGGUUCCGGAUCCCAUUUAUUGAAAUCCUGGUCGGCAGACGAUCAGGCAGCCAGCGGCCGAGAGCAUCUCGCUAUAUGUGUGGACGAUCGCUUCUCGGAGCGUCAUCCUUUAUCCCCCGCAUGAUCUGAGGCCUCAUUCCUGUCAGUCGCAGGAAUAUUUUUCUUGCCUUGGCGCAAUAAGUUUCAAGUACCGAAAGUUUUUUCAACUUCAUCCCUGUCUUCACCAGAGCGUCCAAGAUAUGCGGCCGCAGGUCCGAUGACACGAACCUAUGGCCUAUGGCGUCCUGGUGCCAAGUGCAGGCGUGGACACCCUUUUGUCUGAACACAGUGUUCCUUAUGGACAGUCCAGUUCUGUUCCAUCAGAACAGCGUUCGGGUUUUGGUCAGGGGGGCCGUUCUUCCGGAUCACGCCCUUCCAGGUCUCACUGUCAUGGCCCACGUGAACGUUGAAAUCCCCCAGAAGAAUGAGGAAGUGCACAGCAGGGGCGCCCUCCAGCGCCCCCUCCAAGGACUCCAAGAAGGGUGGGUCCUGUGAACUGCGGUUUGGUGCAUAAACACAAACAACACUGAGGACCGGUGCUUCCAUCUGAAGGCGUAGUGAGGCUACCCUCUCGUCCAAUGGGGUGAACCCCAACGUACAGGCACAGAGACUUGAGGCAAUCAGUAUGCCCACACUUGCUUGGCGCCUCUUCUUCUUCUUUUCCUUUGGGCUUGUCCCGUUAGGGGUGGCCUCAGCGUGUCAUCCUUCUCCAUGUAAGCCUACCUCCCUCCUGCAUCCUCCUCUCGAACACCAACGGCCCUCAUGUCUUCCCUCACGACAUCCAUCAACCUUCUCUUUGGUUUUCCUCUCGCUCUCUUGCCAGGCAGCUCCAUCCUCAUCAUCCUUCUACCAAUAUACUCACUAUUUCUCCUCUGGACGUGUCCAAACCAUCAAAGAUCAAAGUGUGCUCUUUCUAAAUUUGUCUCCAAAACAUCUAACCUUUGCUGUCCCUCUGAUGAGCUCAUUUCUAAUCCUCUCCAACCUGGUCACUCCUCAAGAGAACCUCAACAUCUUCAUUUGCUCUGCUUCCUGUCAUCUCUUCAGUGCCACCGUCUCUAACCCGUACAUCAUGGCUGGCCUCACCACUGUCUUACAAACUUUGCCCUUCAAUUCUAGCUGAGACUCUUCUGUCACACAACACACCUGACACCUUCCGCCACCUGUUCCAACCUGCUAGGCGCCACUCGACGUGGGCAACUCCAGAGUGGAAGAGAAUCCAACCGCUCUGAAGAGGACUGGUACCAGAGCCCAAGCUGUGUGUGGAGGUGGGCCUGACGAACUCUAGUCGGAACUUCUCAACCCUGCGCACCAGACUUUUAAGUAUGCCUCGUUUGCCAUUCUGCACGAGAUAUAGUGCAGUCUAUCUGACUCUGCUGGACCAUGCUGGCCUCGGCCUGACCCUGUUCGCUUCUACCAGGCUCCUAGUAUGCGCUAGUAGACUGUGCUACACUUGAGUGGACUCUGCCUGACUCAUAUGAACUCCACUGAACCAUGCGGGACUCUAGUUUUCUUCAUUUGGCAUUAAUUUCCUUGGACCCCCGCCAGCACGACAUGGAUGCCAGACCUUCAGGUGGCGAAACCAGCACCAAGACCAACAUUACGAACAGGACCGGGACCAGCCGUCCCUAAGCCCGCCUCCAUCAUGGCGGAGUCUGGUCUUCAGUUUUCGAUCGGUGACUUUGGCAGUAGCGUUCUGAGCAGCCUGAAUCAGCAAAGACUUCUAGGACUCCAUUGCGACGUCUCCAUCCUGGUCCAGGGUCAGGUCUUCAAGGCCCACCGCGCCGUCCUGGCCGCGUCCUCUCUUUACUUCCGAGACCUGUUCAGCGCCGAGUCGUCCGACUCCUCGGAGUGGUCCCGGUCUACGUAUGAGCUUCCGUCAUCGGUGACGCCAUCUUGUUUCCGUCAGAUCCUGACAUUCUGCUACACGGGCUGUCUCAACAUGGUCGCCAGUGAGCAGCUAGUCCUCAUGUACACGGCCGGCUACCUGCAAGUCCAGAAUAUUGUAGAGAGGAGCCUAGAGCUCAUGAAGACCAAUACCACGUCCUCAUCGCCGCACUGCUGCGACUCACAGACAACUUCAGCAGACGAGCUGGGACCUUUAGAUCGGUCUGUGGUCGAGCUGCAGGGUUCCAGUCCAGACCCAUCCAUGAGUCCAGAGGACCUAAUGAUGGCCGUGAGCCGGAUCAAACAGGAACGCCAGGACACACCUCCUGAGAACCACACAGGAACAACUCCAGAAGAACUGGAUGCCAGAGGUGACUUUGCUGGGGCACUCCAGACCACCAGAGGGGGUGCCGUUUGUUACUUGGGUGCAGCCGGGAGUCUGGUCUUGGGACUGCAGUCCUACCUCCUGGCAGGCGGGGGGCGCUCUAGUUCAGAAGCGUCCAGCCUGCCCACAGACUCGUCCCCCUCGCAACCCCCAACGGAGGAGGAGCCGGAGGACGGGGACUACGGCAACGCCACACACCUUGGAAUAUACCAAUACACGAUUGGACACCAGGGCCAGGAGAAGCCGGAGAUGCUGCGCCUGCGGCGUGCGUGCGUGGUGGUGGGCGGAGACAACAUGGCACUCCCCGCCAGUCUGGUCAGUCAGAUCGGUUAUCGAUCCCACCCCGCGCUCUACGUCGAGGGAGAACCUGGACACAAGCUGGAGCUGGUGGCAGGUUCGGGCGUGUUCAUGACGCGAGGUCAACUGAUGAAUUGCCACCUUUGUGCGGGGGUGAAACACAAAGUUCUGCUCAGGAGGCUGCUGGCGACCUUCUUUGACAGAAACACUCUGGCCAAUAGCUGCGGGACCGGGAUCCGCUCCUCCACCAACGAUCCGAGCCGGAAGCCGCUGGACAACAGAGUGUUAAACGCCGUCAAACUGUACUGCCAGAACUUUGCUCCGAGCUUCAAGGAGAGCGAGAUGAACGUGAUCGCAGCCGACAUGUGCACCAACGCUCGCAGAGUUCGCAAGCGAUGGCUGCCCAAGAUACAAUCGCUGCUGCCCCACGGCAACAAGAACAACGACAGCAAAGUCCGCGGGGGGGCCGCGGGGCGAGGAGGGGGGGACGCCUCGGAAGCGGACGUGCGUCGGCUCGGCGCCGCCCCCUACCUAUGCCUGGAGGUGGACGGGGAGGGCACACAACAUCAGGACCAGCGCCACCGCCUCCUUCUGUGCACCGCCUCCUCUUCGCCACACCCCGUGGACACUGACCUCAAGGGGGCGGAGCCUAACGACAGCCAAUAAGCUUCGGACCGCGCCUGUCCAACUUCCUGUCUGUCCCCUAACUCAUUACCUGUCUACCUGCUAUCCUACCUCAAGAUGUGUCUAAUUGACUGUGCCCGACCUCGCCUCCCGUCCGUUUCUUGUCUGUCGCCUGCCUUGCUUCCUUUCUGUCCCCGACCGACUUCACUGUCCUUCUGCUCAGCCGCUCCGCUGCAUGUUACCAGCUUCCGGGCUCCUAGCAACAGGACUGCUGCUGCUGCUG